UGCGUCUACGUCACGCGUGUCAUCCAGCUGUCCUGAAUGUCGUGAUCGACGCGAACAGGUGGACGAUAGAUGCGAGGACGCGUCGUAAUCAAGAAAUCGGGACGCAGGACGAUCCGCGGGAAGCUGUGAUCUUUUGAAAUGGCCACCGCGGGUUACUGUAUCGGGACGUUUCUGGUGACACUCUCGUUGCUGAUGAAGACAGGACAUAGCAUCGAGUGCUACCGGUGUACCAGCAUCAACAACAGCAGGCCUUUUCAGUGCAAUGAAUUUCUAACGAGCGACGUGGAUCUUCUGCCAGAAUCGUGCAAAGAUGUUUACGGGGCGCAAUAUUGCGUUAAGCAUGUAGGCCGCUUCGAGGGUGGAAUCGGUACAAAACGAUUUUGUUCGGCUGUCGACAUGGGAAACUACUGCGAUUACGUGAAACAACCGGGUGACAAGUUGAUAUAUCGCACCUGCGUUUACACGUGUACCGGCGAUGGAUGCAAUCCAGCAACAUCUUCCAUGCCGAGUGCAAUACAUACGUGGAUCAUAUCUGUGGGUUUACUGGUAGUCUGGAGAGAGCUGUUUCACAGGUAGAAGAUUCCCAACAUCUCCAAAAGCCUCGAAGGCUACUCGAAAGUCUGACAAAUUUGUCAUAUAUUGUAGUCGAUGAAUUUCUCGCUUAAGAUUUAAUUACCUAAAUUUUAUUUAACUGACUUGUUUAUCCAUAUCUAUGAAGCUUACUUUAGAUUGAUUAUUUUAGAUAAUUCUUAUAGUACAAAUACUGUAACAAAUAAUUUUCUCAC